UAGAAACCGAUCCCAGGUUUGUGUGGCUGCAAAAUCCAAGGCACCAUUAAAUGGGUAGAUGGAGACUGAAAACCAUACAGCAGUGACGGAGUUCAUUAUUCUGGGGUUAACAGAUAACCCCAUGCUAUGUGCCAUCUUCUUUGUCAUUUUCCUGGGAGUUUACAUAGUUACCAUAGUGGGAAAUAUCAGUAUAAUCAUCUUAAUCCGAAGCAGCCCACAGCUUCACACCCCGAUGUACCUUUUCCUCAGCCAUUUGGCCUUUGUGGACAUUGGGUACUCCACGUCAGUCACGCCAAUCAUGCUCAUGAGUUUCUUGAGAGAGAAAACGACCAUCCCUGUGACUGGCUGUAUAGCCCAGCUUGGCUCUGAUGUCACCUUUGGGACUACAGAGUGCUUCCUGCUGGCUACCAUGGCCUAUGAUCGCUAUGUGGCCAUCUGCUCUCCCUUGCUCUACUCCACCCAGAUGUCCCCAGUGGUCUGCUUCCUCCUUUUGGGGGCUUCCUACCUGGGCGGAUGCAUGAAUGCUUCAUCAUUUACAGGCUGUCUGAUGAACCUAUCUUUCUGUGGACCAAAUAAAAUCAACCAUUUUUUCUGUGACCUCUUCCCACUCCUGAAGCUUUCUUGUGGCCAUGUUUAUAUUGCCGAAAUAUCUCCUGCCAUCUCUUCUGCAUCCGUCCUCAUCAGCACACUGUUUACCAUAAUUGUGUCCUACAGCUACAUUCUCCACUCAAUCCUGAAUAUGCGCUCUACGGAGGGGAGGAAGAAGGCCUUCUCUACCUGCACUUCCCACCUCACUGCGGUCACUUUGUUUUAUGGGACAGUUUUGUUCGUUUAUGUGAUGCCCAAGUCGAGUUACUCAGCUGAUCAGGUCAAAGUGGCAUCUGUGAUCUAUACAGUAGUGGUCCCCAUGUUGAACCCCCUCAUCUACAGCCUGAGGAACAAGGAGGUGAAAGGGGCCAUGAGAAAACUAAUGGCUAAAACACACUGGUUCUCCUGA